GCUAUUGUUUUGGAAAUGACUGACCGUUUUUUAUACAUCGGGGGUUAACUGGGUUUUGUGAGAAAACGACGAUGGUACUUGGUUAGGAGUCGAAACCUCUCGAGUCUUGAUAUUUUACAUCUCCCCUUUCCGUUGCCUCCUUCUCAAGCCGUAGUUGGUAUACGCUUCUCACUUUGAUUUCAGCUCCUCUUCCCGUUGAUUUGUUUGCUCGAUUCAUUGGAUCAUGUCUACUAGAUGGGUUUUGAGAAAUCUGAGUUCAAAAGCUCGUUUUCUUUCUACAUCCACUACUUCUUCUUAUAUCACUACUACAACUCCAAUCGACUUUUACCCAACUCCUUCGUUAUUUGCUACUACCAAGGUUUUGGGUUGCCAAGGAACCUAUUUGUGUCGGUUUCGUGCAUUCCAUGGAGCCACGUAUCAAAUUCAUCAAGAAAAGAACUCCGUGGUUGAGGUUAGCCCAAUAUUUGCAGAGAUAGUUCCGGAGAAGUCUCGGACAAGAUUACGCUUUGGAUUGAACUUUUGAAUCCAUAUUAGCAUCUUUUGCUCCUCCGGCAGUCGGACUUCUAUCUCAGCAUGUUUUUGGAUAUAAACCAAUUCCUCAAGGAUCAACUCAAUCAGUUGAGGUAGAAAUGGGCAGAGGAAAUGCUGCAUCACUAGCCAAGGCACUUUGCAUCAAUUGCUAUUCCAAUGACACUGUGUUGCCUCAUUUACUCCUUUCUCUAUUGUACUUACCCUAGAGAUAGGGACCGAGCAAGAAUGAAGGCAUUAGCAUUGAUUGAAUCAGAAAUGAUACUGUUAGAGCCAAAUUAUCUUCUAGCAGAAGGAGAGUCCUCCCAAUUCCAGGAUUCUGAAGCUCGUAGAAAAGACACUGUGAUUGAACUAGAUUAUGGCCGUGAUAACAAUGAUAAUGAGAAAAGGACCCAACUUUCUAAUGCAGACAAGGAUCAACAAAUGGAGCAUCUGGGGGCUCAGA